UCACAAUAAGAUCGCAAUCCAUUAUUCAUCAAUUAUAAUGAUAAAGCAACAAAUAGGUGUAAAAAAUAUUGUAUUGAUAAUAAUACUUAAAUAGCAUUCUAACGAUGAAUCAACAUAAAAAUAGUUUUGCUUAGAAUGAAAUUAAACAUAACGAAAGAAAAAACUACUACAAAAAUCUUUUGUUUUCAAAAUAAAAUUAUAAAAACUAUAUAAAAUUACGAAAUCUAUCAAGUUGGCUUUUUCGAUAAGCUUCUGUGAGGUAGUCAACACGACAAUAAAGUUCUCACGUCCAUUUGACCGGAAUAGCGUAUAUUUUAACAAUUCCACUAAUUCCUCAGUUACACAGACGGUUGUAACACAAAAUCACACCAAUUUUAUUUCACAAUAUCCACGUUGAACGAAUUUAAGAAUAAUUAAAAUAAGACGCCAACCGCACUCGAUGAAAUCCCGCUAAAAACUCCAACGUACGUUUUUAAAUUCUCCAAAUAUGCUCGCACAUGCUUAAUACAUACGAUCAGCAAAUGCUUCUAUAUACACAUCAACUGUACUUGCGUAAACUGAAACAUGUAGAUCAUCUACAUCAUACUACGAAAAAUGCGAGUAACGAAAUUUAUUUGUAUGUAACGUUUCGUUACUCGGUACUAGAUGGCGUACCCGUUACUCAGUACCGAAUACAUACGGUUUGCUACAGCUCUACUUUUUUCUUUACAAAUUGCCUGAACGCACAAACCGUGCAUGCCAUAAAAAAGAAAAAAAAAAUAGGACUACAAUGUUUAAAGAAGUGGUGUUUUUCUAAAUAUUAACUUUAUUGAUGCUUUAAAAAUGCCCCCUAUAAUUAACUUUAUUGAUGGUCGUUUAAUUUGAUAAUUUAUUUAUUUCCGGUAAAAAUGGGGGAAAUCAACAAACACUCUGAUUGGGAUAAUAAUAAAGGACUUCGUGAACCUGUGAAAACGUUGGAGGAAAAAUGGAAACUUGUGCCGUCAUUUUUGCAAGUAAAAGGAUUGGUGAAACAACAUAUAGAUUCUUUUAAUUAUUUUAUUAAUGUGGAAAUCAAGAAGAUUGUUCAAGCUAACGAAAAAGUCUUUUGUGAAGCUGACCCUUUGUUUUACAUAAAAUAUUUAAAUGCUUAUGUGGGUACCCCAGACCUCGAAGAAGGAUACAAUGUUACUAAACCGACAACUCCACAUGAAUGCCGCUUGCGAGACAUGACAUAUUCCGCUCCUAUUACAGUAGACAUAGAAUACAUUAGGGGUAACCAAAGAGUCAUUAAAAAUAAGCAGCUCAUUGGAAGAAUGCCCCUUAUGCUGAGGUCUUCUAAUUGUGUCUUGACUAAUAAAUCCGACUUUGAGUUAGCGCAGUUGAAUGAAUGUCCACAUGAUCCUGGUGGCUAUUUUAUCAUAAGAGGUCAAGAGAAAGUAAUAUUAAUUCAAGAACAGCAAUCUAGGAAUAGAAUGAUAGUGGAUGAAUUUAAAGGAGCAAUACAGUGUCAAGUAACAAGUUCAACACAUGAGAAGAAAACUAGGACAAAUGUUAUUGUCAAGAAUGGGAAAUAUGUGUUAAGACACAACGCUUUAUCUGACGACAUCCCAAUUGCGGUUGCUUUCAAAGCUAUGGGUAUUUGUAGUGACCAAGAAAUUAUGCAGUUGAUUGGAACAGAUGACACAACAAUGAAGAAAAUGGGUCCUUGUAUCAUGGAUUGCCACAAUAUGAAAAUAUUUACCCAAAAUCAAGCCUUGACUUACAUUGGAAGUAAAUUAAAAGCUAAGAGAUACCAAACAGGGAAUUCUCGCACUCCUGUUGAUGAAGCAAGAGAUCUGUUGGCCACCACUAUAUUGGCCCAUGUAGCUGUAGAAAACUUCAAUUUUUAUGUCAAAGCUAUUUAUUUGGCUAUUAUGGUAAAAAGGGUAAUUGAUGCUGAAAGCAACAAAGCUGCUAUUGAUGAUCCUGACUACUAUGGUAAUAAAAGGUUAGAGUUAGCUGGUUCAUUACUAGCUCUCAUGUUUGAAGAUUUGUUCAAAAGAUUUAACUGGGAGUUGAAAACAACUGCAGAUAAAAUAAUACCAAAAGUUAAAGCAGCCCCCUUUGAUGUAGUGAAGCACAUGCGGCCAGAUUUGAUUUCUAACGGACUCUUCGCAGCUAUUUCCACUGGUAAUUGGACAAUCAAAAGAUUUAAAAUGGAAAGGCAUGGUGUCACACAAGUCCUCAGUCGUCUCAGCUACAUUUCAGCUUUAGGAAUGAUGACAAGAGUUAAUUCUCAAUUUGAAAAGACCAGGAAAGUGUCAGGGCCUCGUUCUCUACAACCCUCCCAGUGGGGUAUGCUGUGCCCCUCUGAUACACCUGAAGGCGAGAGUUGUGGUCUUGUCAAAAACUUGGCAUUAAUGACCCAUAUUACAACUGAAUGCUCUGAGGAACCAAUAUCAAAAUUAGCCUGUAAUGCAGGUGUUGAAGAUGUCAGAUUAUUGGGUGGUGAAGAAAUUAAUCAUCCUGCUGUGUACAUGGUUUUCCUUAAUGGUAAUAUUUUAGGUGUAUCAAGACAAUAUAAAAGACUUAUAAGGGUAUUUAGAAUGUUUAGACGGCGUGGUCUUAUUUCGGCUUUUGUAUCCAUCUAUCCGAAUCACAACCAAAGAACUGUAUACAUUUGUAGCGAUGGAGGCCGGUUGUGUCGACCGUAUAUUAUAGUUGAAAAUGGCCGCCCGCUAGUUCAACAAUUGCACAUAAAUGAACUGAAUAGAGGCAUUAGGAAAUUUCAAGAUUUUCUGAAUGAUGGCCUAAUUGAAUAUUUAGACGUGAAUGAAGAAAACGACAGCCAUAUUGCUACUGUAGAAGCCGACAUAGACCCAUAUGUGACGACGCAUCUCGAAAUAGAGCCAUUUACGAUUUUGGGAGUAUGUGCUGGCCUUGUACCUUAUCCACAUCACAAUCAAAGUCCACGAAAUACUUAUCAAUGUGCUAUGGGUAAACAAGCAAUGGGAACUAUUGGUUAUAAUCAGAAAAAUAGGAUAGAUACGCUAAUGUAUAAUUUAGUGUAUCCACAAUGUCCAAUGGUUAAAACUAGAACUAUAGAAUUAACAAAUUUCGAUAAACUACCUGCCGGCCAAAAUGCAACUGUAGCUGUUAUGAGUUACAGUGGCUAUGACAUAGAAGAUGCUUUAAUUCUUAACAGAGCUUCCAUAGACCGCGGUUAUGGCAGAUGUCUUGUAUAUAAAAGUUCCAAAACUACUAUGAAAAGAUACAGCAAUCAAACUUCGGAUCGUAUAUUAGGACCCUCAAGGGAUGCUAACACUGGAAAAGUUAUAAGAGCUCAUGAAAUCUUAGAUACGGACGGUAUAGCUGCGCCAGGUGAAAUGGUAGAAAACAGACAAGUCCUUAUAAAUAAACAAAUGCCACCAGCUACACUCAAUCCCGUGGUUCAAGGACAACCACAACAGGUGGAUUACAAAGACGUUCCCGUCACGUAUAAGGGUCCCGUCGAAUCUUACAUUGAAAAAGUUAUGGUAUCUUCGAAUUCAGAGGACGCUUUCCUAAUAAAAAUUUUGCUGAGGCAGACCAGGGUCCCAGAAAUUGGAGACAAAUUUAGUUCUCGGCACGGACAAAAGGGUGUAACUGGACUGAUAGUUCAACAAGAAGAUAUGCCAUUUAACGAUAGAGGAAUUUGCCCAGAUAUGAUAAUGAACCCUCAUGGCUUUCCAUCCAGAAUGACAGUUGGCAAAACAAUAGAAUUACUUGCAGGAAAAGCUGGUCUUAUGGAAGGGAAAUUCCAUUAUGGAACAGCAUUUGGGGGAUCCAAAGUAAGAGAUGUAUGUAACGAAUUAGAAAAACAUGGCUAUAAUUACCAUGGUAAAGACAUCUUCUAUUCAGGAAUAACAGGCGAGCCUCUGGAAGCGUAUAUUUAUUCGGGACCGGUGUACUACCAGAAGCUGAAACACAUGGUACAAGACAAGAUGCACGCGCGUGCUCGGGGGCCGCGGGCAGUGCUGACCCGGCAGCCCACUGAGGGCCGGUCGCGCGACGGCGGUCUGCGCCUCGGCGAGAUGGAGCGCGACUGUCUCAUAGGCUACGGGGCCAGCAUGCUGCUCAUGGAGCGACUGAUGCUAGCGUCGGAUGCAUUCAGCGCGCACAUUUGCGGCGCGUGCGGACGGCUCGCGAGCCGCGCCUGGUGCCACGCGUGCCGCUCCUCCGCCGCCGUCUCCGCGGUGGAGAUGCCGUACGCGUGCAAACUGCUCUUCCAGGAGCUGGCCUCUAUGAACAUUGUGCCCAAGCUCACGCUCAAGAAAUAUUGUUGAUCUUAAUACCAUUUUUGACACUAAACAUUCUGUUUUGUGAUGGCGUCCUCUUUGUAUGUUAGGUACGUUUUUAAGUAAAGCACUGAUUAAUUAUUCUACAACCGACCUUUUUUUUGUUCUCAAUAUCUAUACGUACCUAUACCUUAGUACGGCACGCGUGCCGCUCCUUCGCCGUGGCGAUGUCGUAUUCGUGCAAACUGCUCUUCCAGGAGCUGGCCUAUAUGAACAUCGUACCCAAGCUCACGUUCAAGAAAUAUUGUUGAUUUUUAUACCGUUUUUGACACUAAACAUUCUGUUUUGUGAUAGCGUCCUCUUUGUUUUGUUAGGUUCGUUUUUAAAUAAAGCACUGAUUAAUUAUUCUACAAACGACUUUUUUUUGUUCCCAAUAUACGUACCUAUACCUUCGUACGGCACGCGAGCCGCUCCUACGCCGUGGCGAUGCCGUACGCGUGAAAAUUGCUCUUCCAGGAGCUGGCCUCUAUGAACAUCGUGCCCAAGCUCACUCUCAAGAAAUAUUGUUAAUUUGAGUACCAUUUUUGACACUAAACAUUCUGUUUUGUGAUGGCGUCCUCUUUGUUUUGUUAGGUACGUUUUUGAGUAAAGCACUGAUUAAUUCUACAA